AUGUCACAUAAAAGCAAGCCCUUCUUGCUUAUCACGCUACCUCACCUCUUCAAUAAAACUUUUUCUUCUAAUAUAGGAACAACAUCAUCUAACACAAGUAGAAGACAACCAUCAAGAAUUCCUCAAGCGAUUCCUUCUCCUAAUAGAUCGCGUCCAACAACACCCUCUCUAUCAAGACCACCUUCUUCUGGUUCUAGACCCGUGACGCCCUUAUUUUCUCAGAGUGCUGAAACGAUUAAUAUUUAUAUUAAUUAUAAUGAGCCGGAUCAAGAGUGA